AUGUUUUUCGUAACCAGCUUCACCCUGGAGGGAACUCAUGGAAUAUCAAUGAGCAAUCGCGUCAGAAUUGUCGUAGUCGGCGAUUCAGGUGUGGGAAAAACCUGCCUGACGCACCUGAUUGCGCACAAUGAGUCCCUGAUACGACCUGGCUGGACGGUGGGCUGCAACAUUCAGGUGAAGAUCCACGAGUUCAGGGAGGGCACCAUCCGCCAAAGUCCGUAUUUUGUGGAGCUUUUUGAUAUUGGCGGGUCUUUGAGCCACAAAAACACCCGGAGUGUCUUCUAUUCUGGCAUACAUGGUAUCAUUCUGGUGCACGAUCUAACUAAUGCCAAGUCGCAGGAACAGUUGAUCGAUUGGCUGUACGAGAUUGUCAACAAGGAGGGCAAGGAUACGUACAAAGCACGCGGUCCUUCUCUGCCAUCUUCGCCCACGCCCAUGACAGUUUUCUCACCCUCGGGCACAUCGAUUGCCUCCGCAUCCAUCUCACCAUCCGCUUCGUCGUCCAGUUCCUGCAUGGGCGCUUCAGAUUCCCAUAUACGUUUCGAUCUGGAGGAAUUCCUCGGGGCCACCCAGACACCAAUUCUGGUAAUGGGCACCAAAAUGGAUCUUAUCGAUGAGAAGCGCCAUCCCAAAACGUCAGUGAAGAAGGUGGGCGGCAUAGCGGACAAAUGUGGAGCUGAAGAAAUCUGGCUAAACUGUCGGGACACAAGGAGUUUAGCUGCCGGCACUACGGGCUCAGUGAAGCUCUCCCGUUUCUUUGACUGUGUCAUCGAGAAGCGCGAAGCUCUAAGCUCGUCCAGUUCCUCCACAAAUAUUUACGGCAGCGGCUUUAACGUUGGCUCUCCACCAGACAGAAGACGCCCGACAGCCAGCUCACCCCCACGGCCCGCCGACGACUAUUCCAUGUACGGCGCUACGGCCAUUCCCCUUCUGGAUACCAACGACCUCAAAUGAUCCCGAGUUCUAUAUUAGUCAUAAGUAACAUAUAAGAGAAUCUUAGGUAACUAACGUUUGAAACGAUUGGAAAAGUGUUUAACCGAAGUAUUCAUAGUCUCCAUUGUAUGUAUAUUAAAUCAUUGUGGUCUGAAAUAAAUUUGUGUUUGGAUUCAGUUUAUAAA